AUGUCCGUUGCUAGCACUUUGUCAAGUAAUGUCGGCUCCGAUGAUACCAGCACUUCUCCGCGUUGCCAUGCCAAAAAGAAACCUGGUCGUAAACCCAACCCAGCAUCACCCGCUUUACGCAAAGCACAAAAUCGUGCUGCACAACGCGCAUUUCGAGAACGUAAAGAACGACAUAUUAUGGAACUUGAGGGCGAAAGCAAACAGUUACGAGAACAACGAGACGAGCUGCUUAUAGAAAACAAAGCAUUACGAAGCAGCGUUGGUGUGCUUGGUCAAGAAGGAUCGUAUCUCAAGGGGCUGGUCCUCAGCUUGCAACUUGUUUGUCUGUUACACAAUCUUGCUAUCCCAGACCAUGCACCCCACUUGAACACGCGCGAUUUACUCGUUUAUGCACAAAAUCAACACACAACAACAUCAACGACCGAUGGGGUGCUUUCAUCGUAUACAGAGAUGUGCAAGCAAAAUGUACCACCAUCCAUCAAAUACGCUCGCAUCAACAAGAACAAACCAACGCAUCAAAUAACAAAAGCACCCAUCUUGGUAUCCAAAGAUGAGAUACGUACAGUCGCUGGGCGCGAUGCUUCUAUCAUUUCUUUAUCUUCACAAAUACAACAGCAGCACGUGUCUUUACCCUCAACCCCAAAGGACCAUGUGCCCGAACCCAAUAAGCAAUCCAUUGCUGCUCAUGAUGAUGAUACCCAGCCCAUCGAUUCAUCGAUCCAACAUCAUCCAAAAUCCAAAAACGACAAAAAGCAAGAGGGCGUAGAUACACCCAUAUUCAACGCUGACCCUAUCAUGCUCACGCGUGAUCCAGUGCCAUCAUUCAACCUUGCCAAUUUUCAAACCACACGUUUGCACAGGCUGCUCCAAUCGGCAUGUAGCAAAAUGGCAUUCUCAAAUAAUGGCACCUUUUUGAUCGAGCCCACUGUAUUGCAGUGUAGCGUUGCACAUGAUCCACGGAUCGACUUGAUCCCCGUUGCUGGCAUACGUGAUCGCAUGAUCCUGUUUUUCGACUUUUUCGAUCUUGAUGAAUGCUUGAAAUGUCUCUUGGAUGGCGUGGAAUUUGUGGAUGGUGGUGAUCCAACCCAUGUCGGGAGUUGGCGUUGGCCAGCCGAGUUUUAUGAAAAGUACUGGUAUCUAUCACAUGACUAUAGCAACCCUGUGAUUCGAGAACGAUGGCCCUAUCAACAACAACAACAACAACAACCAAGCUUAGUCGAUCUAUUGUUAUCACCUUCUAAUUGUUCGGCGAAUGAUGUACUUUCCAUGCUAUUGCUUGAUGAUCAUCAACAACACCAGCAUUCUCCAUCACCGCCACCAUCAUUAUCCUCCGACGCACAAUCCUCGGUCGAUUCAAGACAUUCUUUAAUAUCCACGGAUGAUGAAUUACUCUCAAUGCUAUCACCAGGAAAUGAAACGGAGGACAUGUCACUCGACAUUGAUGAUUUGCUUGUCACAGAAGAAGAGUAG